CUAGUAAUUUACGACCAUGUAUAUCGGUUAGUAGACAUUGGUGUAAGAUAGCAAUUCCAGUUCUCUGGCGAGUACCAAUUUAUCCUGGUGAUUAUUCACCCGAGAAAACAACCAAACUUCUUGCAAGAUCCUAUUUACUAUGUCUUCCCAAGAAUAUAAAAGAAGAUAUUAAAAAGGAAGGAAUAUAUUUUCCACCUGCACCACGUGGACGACCACCACUCUUUGAUUAUCCUUCAUUUUUAAGAAUCCUAGAUUUUGAUCGUAUUUCAGAGAUGGCAAAAUUAUGGAUUAUUCAUCGAAGAACUUUGACAAAACCAAAGCAACAUUACAUUGACAUAUUGAAAAAAACUUUUUGUGAAUUGUUUCUGGAACGAGCUGAGAUGAUUCAUUUCGUUAAUCAUUCUGGAAAUUUUGGAAUUGUAAAAUCUCCAAUGUUUGAUAAGAAUGCUCCAAAUUUACAAAAAUUGAGAAAGAUUCAAUUUUUAGAAAAGGAUGAUGACUCUACUUUCAUAGAAAACAUUUCUGAAGUUGCGAAUAAUCUUCACCACAUUAUCGCGCAAAAUAGAAGUUCUCGGAUUUCUCCUUGCACAUGCAAAGCAUUGGCAACUCUUAUUGAAAAUCAAGGUGCACUGCAAUAUCUUGGUAUCACUGGAUAUUAUCAAAACAUUUCAACAAUCAUUCAAUCU